GUCUAUGAUACCCUCAAACUGUGCUCAUUAAAGAAGGGCUUCCAGGCAGGAGUGUGAAGCCCGUUGAUGUGCCUUCCUCUAUGCCUGGUUCUGCAUAAUGAGGAUUCCCCUGCAGUAUGUUGGCUUUUUCUUAGCAUUUCUCUCUGCUGGUUUUUUGAUUGUGGCGACAUGGACUGAUUGUUGGAUGGAAAAUGCUGAUGACUCCUUGGAGGUGAGUACAAAAUGUCGCGGCCUUUGGUGGGAAUGUGUCACCAAUGUGUUUGAUGGAAUACGGACCUGCGAUGAUUAUGACUCGAUAUAUGCAGAGCACUCAAUCAAAUUAGUGGCCACACGAGCAUUAAUGAUAAUGGCAGAUAUUCUGGCUGGAUUUGGGUUUAUCAUUCUUCUCCUGGGGCUUGACUGCGUAAAACUUCUCACAGAUGACUCAAACGUCAAGUUUAAGAUCUGCUUUGUUUCCGGGAUUACAAUGGUUAUUGGAGGUGUCCCUGGGAUCAUCGGGUCGGUAUGGUAUGCCCUUGAUGUUUAUGUGGAGCGAUCAAAUUUACUGUAUAGUGUUUUCCUAGGAAUCCAAUAUAAGUUUGGUUGGUCUUGUUGGCUUGGAAUGGCUGGGUCUCUAGGAUGCUUUUUAUGUGGCGGUGUCCUCAUAUGCUGCCAUUACUUUUUUGAAGAAAAUGGAUACGGGAGAAGCCAUUCUUAUUCCUCUAGAAAAAGCUAUAUACACACUGGUGAUCCACUCACCAACUUUUAUUCUCCUUCGAAAACAGAAACUGCUAAAAUGUAUGCUGUGGACACUAGAGUAUAAAUCCCCAUCGCAAAGUGAUGUUGGUCAAUUGUACAAUAUGAAUGUUACAUAAUAAGACAUAAUUUCCAUGGACCAAGAGGGGCAGCUGCCCCUGGUACCACAAGAUGGGGAUGCACUCGAGCCACCCAUUAUGAUGGCCUUGCGGUUCCUUUCACGUCUGAAAAUUUACAGGUCAUCAGCCCAGGUCACUUUGCCCAAGGAGGCAAGAUCCCUCAUUACAACCCUGACCUGCAGCAAGACUCCAUCACCUGUGUCAGCUUCCAGAAACUGAUGUGAUGUCGGUGAGUGGACGGGACCUCUGACCUCGCCCCAGGCACUAAGAACCCUAGUUAAUUUUUACUGUAGCUGAAUUAUUAUGUAAAGCUUGAGGAUAGCAACAUGAGGGACUGAAUGGUGUUGAAACUCACGGAUCAUUGUGUAAAUAAAACGAUGUGUCAUUUUAUUCUGAUUACACGCCAUUAAAGAACAUAAAAUAUCAAGCAAAAAAAGUUUUGGUUUAUUUAAGAAAAUGAUGCUCACUAUUAAUCAAAUAGGUAUAUUAAAAGGGUCAUAUGACAUCUGAAGAUUUGCUUCACAACUUCACUUCUUCUUUCUUUUCUUUUUAUUUUAAAGUAUAGCUUCUCUGUUAAACUAUAGAGCUAAAGGUGUAGAAUUAUACUGUGUUAGAAGUUGAAAAAAAGAGUAUAAUAUAUUCCAAGCUUUCCAGGC